AUGGACGGCUCCUUCAUCCAGCACAGUGUGAGGGUUCUGCAGGAGCUCAACAAGCAGCGAGAGAAGGGCCAGUACUGCGAUGCCACCCUGGACGUGGGAGGCCUGGUGUUCAAGGCACACUGGAGUGUCCUUGCCUGCUGCAGCCACUUCUUCCAGAGCCUCUAUGGGGAUGGCUCAGGGGGCAGUGUGGUCCUCCCUGCCGGCUUUGCUGAGAUCUUUGGUCUCCUGUUGGACUUUUUCUAUACUGGUCACCUUGCUCUCACCUCCGGAAACCGGGACCAGGUGCUUUUGGCAGCAAGGGAGUUGCGAGUGCCAGAGGCUGUGGAGCUUUGCCAGAGUUUCAAGCCCAAAACCUCAGGGGGGCAGGCAUCAAGUGGCCAGAGUGGGCUGGGGAAACCUACCCCCCGGAAUGUAAACAGCCACCUCAAGGAGCCGGCAGGCUUGGAGGAAGAGGAAGUUUCGAAGACACUGGGUCAAGUCCCCAGAGACCAGGAGAUCGGUGGCAGCCACAGCCCCGAAAGGCCCCAGCUUGGUCUCCCGGCCCCGAGUGAGGGCCCCUCCUUCCACCGUGGGAAACUCAAGCAAGCCUUGAAGCUUUGUCCCCCAGAAGACAAGGAGCCUGAGGAUUGCAAAGCACCUCCAAGACCCUUUGAGGCUGAAGGUGUCCAGCUGCAGGGCGGGAAUAAUGAGUGGGAAGUGGUGGUUCAAGUUGAGGACGACGGGGAUGGUGAUUAUGUUUCUGAGAGUGAGGCCUUGCCAACCAGGAGGAAAUCAAACAUGAUCAGAAAGCCCUGUGCUGCAGAGCCAGCCCUGAGCACAGGUUCCCUGGCAGCCGAGCCGGCUGAGAGCAGAAAAGGUACAGCGGUGCCGGUUGAAUGCCCCACAUGUCAUAAAAAGUUCCUCAGCAAAUAUUAUCUAAAAGUCCACAACAGGAAACACACUGGGGAGAAACCCUUUGAAUGUCCCAAGUGUGGAAAGUGCUACUUUCGGAAGGAGAACCUCCUGGAGCACGAAGCCCGGAACUGCAUGAACCGCUCGGAACAGGUCUUCACGUGCUCCGUGUGCCAGGAGACCUUCCGCCGGAGGAUGGAGCUGCGGGUGCACAUGGUGUCCCACACGGGGGAGAUGCCCUACAAGGUCAGGCUCGGCCUGUCCCCGGGGCCGAAUGAGAGGCCGUACGUGUGUGAGUUCUGCAGCCACGCCUUCACCCAGAAAGCUAAUCUCAACAUGCACCUGCGUACGCACACGGGCGAGAAGCCCUUCCAGUGCCACCUCUGCGGCAAGACCUUCCGCACCCAAGCCAGCCUGGACAAGCACAACCGUACUCACACUGGGGAGAGGCCCUUCGGCUGUGAGUUCUGCGAGCAGCGCUUCACCGAGAAGGGGCCCCUGCUGAGGCACGUGGCCAGCCGCCACCAGGAAGGCCGGCCCCACUUCUGCCAGAUCUGUGGGAAGACCUUCAAAGCCGUGGAGCAGCUGCGCGUGCAUGUCCGAAGGCACAAGGGCGUCAGGAAGUUCGAAUGCACCGAGUGCGGCUACAAGUUCACCCGGCAGGCCCACCUCCGGAGGCACAUGGAGAUCCACGACCGGGUGGAGAACUAUAACCCGCGGCAGCGCAAACUCCGGAACCUGGUCAUUGAGGAUGAGAAGAUGGUGGUGGUGGCACUUCAGCCACCCGCCGAGCUGGAGGUGGGCUCGGCCGAGGUCAUCGUGGCAUCCCUGGCGCAGGGCGGCCUGACCUCCCAGCUGCCCAGCCAGAGACUCUGUGCGGAGGAGAGCCUGGUGAGCUCGGGGGUCAUGGAGCCCUCGCUCAUCAUCACGGCAGCCAUCCCUGAGGACUGUGACACGUAG